UCAAGAUGGCGGACGCGGGUGCAGCGAGCUUACCUGGGGGAGACUCGGCGCUGCCGCCGCCGCCUCCCCCGCCGCCUCCGGAGGAGCAGGAGCUGAACCAGCGCCUCCGCCGCCUCUACCCGGCCGUCAACCCGGCCGAGACGCCGCUGCCGCGUGCCUGGAGCCCCAAGGACAAGUAUAACUACAUCGGCCUCUCCCAGGGCAACCUGCGCGUCCACUACAAAGGACAUGGGAAAAAUCACAAGGAUGCUGCUUCAGUCAGGGCUACCCACCCCAUCCCUGCGGCCUGUGGUAUUUAUUACUUUGAAGUGAAGAUAGUCAGUAAAGGUAGAGAUGGGUACAUGGGGAUAGGACUCUCUGCCCAAGGUGUCAACAUGAACAGACUUCCUGGUUGGGAUAAGCAUUCCUAUGGCUACCAUGGUGAUGACGGACACUCCUUCUGCUCUUCAGGGACAGGGCAGCCCUAUGGCCCCACGUUCACUACUGGCGAUGUGAUUGGCUGCUGUGUGAACCUCAUCAAUAACACCUGUUUCUACACAAAGAAUGGGCACAGCUUAGGUAUAGCCUUUACAGACCUCCCUGGCAAUCUGUAUCCCACUGUGGGACUCCAGACACCCGGAGAGAUAGUGGAUGCCAACUUUGGGCAGCAGCCUUUUGUGUUCGACAUUGAAGAUUAUAUGAGGGAGUGGCGAGCAAAGAUUCAGGGCACCAUUAAGCGGUUUCCCAUAGGUGACCGGCUAGGUGAAUGGCAAGCCAUGCUACAGAAUAUGGUCUCCUCCUAUCUGGUGCAUCACGGGUACUGUGCUACAGCGACGGCCUUUGCCCGAGUGACGGAGAAUACAAUCCAGGAGGAACAGAUCUCCAUAAAGAACAGGCAAAGAAUACAGAAGCUGGUCUUGGCAGGAAGAGUUGGAGAAGCCAUUGAAGCCACGCAGCAGCUAUACCCAGGACUCCUAGAGCACAAUCCUAACCUCCUGUUCAUGUUAAAGUGCCGGCAGUUCGUGGAGAUGGUGAAUGGAACAGACAGUGAAGUCCGGUGUUUCAGUGCCCGCAGCCCCAAAUCCCAGGACAGCUACCCCGACUCCCCCAACCUAAGUCCCAGGCACGGCUCUAACAAUUUGCACAUUCACAGCACUGGAGCAGACAGCCCGAGCUGUAGCAAUGGAGUCACCUCCAUAAAAACCAAACAGAGCCACAGUAAAUAUCCAGCACUGAGUUCGUCGUCGUCGUCCUCUUCCUCAUCAUCCCCUUCAUCAGUGAACUACUCAGAGUCCAACUCCACAGAUUCCACCAAGUCCCAGCAGCACAGCAGCACCAGCAACCAAGAGACCAGUGACAGCGAGAUGGAGAUGGAGGCAGAACACUACCCCAAUGGAGUCCUGGAGAAUUCUUCAACAAGGAUAAUGAAUGGCACUUACAAGCAUGAAGAGAUCCUGCAGACAGAUGAUUCCAGCAUGGAAGAUGGCUGUACUCAGAGGCAGCUCUGUGGAGGAAACCAUGCUGCCACCGAGCGGAUGAUCCAGUUUGGCCGAGAACUGCAAACCCUGAGCGAGCAGCUGUGCAGAGAGUAUGGGAAGAAUACGACACAUAAAAAAAUGUUGCAGGACGCGUUCAGCUUGCUAGCCUAUUCUGAUCCAUGGAACUGUCCUGUCGGCCAGCAGCUAGAUCCGAUCCAGAGGGAACCCGUGUGUGCUGCACUCAAUAGCGCUAUAUUGGAGUCUCAGAACCUGCCAAAGCAGCCCCCGCUGCUGCUCGCCCUGGGCCAGGCCUCGGAGUGCUUGCGGCUCAUGGCUCGCGUGGGCCUAGGCUCCUGCUCCUUUGCCAGAGUGGAUGACUAUUUGCACUAGCCCCUGAGUGAGACAGAGCGACCCCUCCAGCGCUGCCGCCCUCGCCUCUCCCCGCCCUGCGUUUUCCCAACGCCCCCUCCCCUCCCACCAGCCUCCCCACACGCUGCCCAGCAGAAGGACACGUUACUGACUGAGGGGUGGGGGAUCCUUGCUGCGCCUCCCUUUCUCACCUCGGAAACGGCUGGCAGGGCACCCCCGCCGUCACCGCGGCCUGCCCUGCCGCCCCCGCAGCACUCCGUGUUUUCACUGGUCAUUCUGACGUAGCGCCUUCCGACUUUAGGAUUUUAUCUUUAUUUUAUUAUUUUAUUUCUCUGACUGAGCCACCAGUAUUUAUAUCUGGAGAGUUUGUGCUGAGCUGGUUUCUAACGAAUUUAGAGAUAAAUGUGUAUCUGAGUUGGCGAUGGCCUGUUUUUAUUUUCACGUGGGGGAAACGGUUGCCCUGCAUGCCGGCGGCGCAGUGUGGUUCCCCGGCUCUGGUCCUCGUAGAGGGUGAAAGGGCGUCGUGCGUUCCUUGGACUCUGCCCUGUUUUAUGUCUUCCACGCCACAUGACAGACAGGCUGGAGGAAUCUCUGCUGAACAGAUGGUCCUUGCAAAGCUUUCGUCCUGGGAAGGAGAGCCAAAGGUGCUCAGUACCUUGGUCUAGCCCAGCCUUCCCCAACCGGAUGGCCUCUAGAUGUGUUGAACUGCAAGUCCCAGCAUCCCCAGCCAGCAUGGUCAAGGUCCCCACUGGCUGGGGAUAAUGGGAGUUUGUAGUCCAACAUCUCUGGUUGGGGAAGGUCCGGCCAGCCGUUUAAUAGAAUGUCCCCUGAUGCUCGGAGAGAGAGGGUGUUAAUUGAGCAUACCCAGCCCUUUUCUAAGUACUGCAGAGAGCAAGAAGAUGCUAUUUGAUGCAUCAGUCAGAAAGAGCAAGCCACCCUGGCCCGCUGCAGUUCGAUAAGCAUUUCCAAUCUAACACAUUCAUUUGGGUGGCAACUAGCAUCAAACAAGUAGAGCUUGCCCCAUAGAGGGUAGAGUGUCUCCCCCCUGACUGCUCCAUUGUCCUGCCAUUCGAAUGGCAUCUUCCCAAUGGAAUGCAAAGCCAAGGCUGUGCGUCACUCCCGUCUCUUCUGUUUGGACUAAAGGCCCUUUGCUCAGGGCUUUAGCUUUGGCUGAUGGCUGCCUUUUCAUGCAGUCAAAUCCCCCGAGUCAUUGGGUCAUCCUAGCUGACAAGAAGCCCUCAAUAUGGUUUUGGGUAGCCAACUCAUACCUCCCUUAUUGCCUGUUGAUCUCACAUUUUAUACUGAUCUUUGACUCUCAGAAAUUCUUAUGCCAGCAGUAUGAAAAAUCUUAUUUUUACCUGAUCAAUCCCUAUCUAAAAUGUGAAAUGGAGGAUAUAAGCCAAUAUUUCUUUUCCUUUUUAAAAAAAACACAAAAAUAACUACUUUUUAUUCCAAGGAGUAGCCAUUAUUUUUAUUGUUGGGCUAUCCAUUUCCAAACCAGUACAUUGCAGAAAACUUCUAGAUAUUGUGGAUGGAAAACCCACACAUCAGCUUAACUUACAUGAGGGUGUAUAUAUGUAUUUUUUGCAAAGCACAUCAGGAGAAGCACGCUGUACUAAAAGCCAUCCUGUCUGGGAAUAGUAUGCUUAAUUAACUACAUCAUCGUUGGCAUGCUGGUAUAUUUCAAUAUCUUGUCUAUCUUUUAAAAUGCUUUUUCUAAUAAGGAAAUGACAAACAUAUGUUUCCCAUAAGUUCAACAAGCAAGGCAUUUUAAAGUGGUCUUGCAGUAUUGCAGAAACUUAUGUAAGAGAGAGAAAGUCUUGAUGAGACAAAUGACAGAAGAAUGUGUCAAUUGAGAAGCAUGGUCACAUUAGAAGGAAAAUGGCACCUUGGUUCGGGACUUGCAGGGAUAAUGGAAGGAACACACAAACACACCCCCUUGUGAAAUACACAUGGCGCAUCUCCUGUACAAGCGCCACUGGUGGGAAUGCGAGCUCUCCUAGGUAAUGGAAAUGCUCCUGCACAAUCAUCAUUCAUUCCAGUGCAGAGAAACUCCCUGUGGAUUCCGCCUAAGCUGGGUAAAGAUCCACCUUUGCUAACUGCUAAGGACAUAAGGCAGCCAGUGUGUGUUUGGGGAUUGAGCAGGAAGAAAACACGUUGCUUCAUCCUUCGCAGAGCUGGAUGGAAUAUCAGUGAGAAGCACUGCAAGAAAAAGUGCAAAUCCUAAUUCUUGACGGCGUUCCCUUUUUAAUUAACUGAUAGCGUUGCAUAAGUGGCUGUAACUGCUCUUGGCUGCUGUUUAGAUCAAAGCAAAAUAUCUUCUUAAGUGCCACUUGCUCAAGGAAAACACGUCCUCCUUUUUUAUCCCUUUUGCCAGGUGUCAGUAAUAACCAACACUGCCUGGCCAUCAUGAUUCCCAAAUGCGUUGCUUUUUCCCAUUACUUUUAAAAGUUCUGUCCUGCCUUGUACCUUUCUAAGCACUCUGUACACUAGCUUAUGUAUUUUAAAACCAAGCAAUGGAAUUAUAAUACCAUGACAUUGAUUCUCAUCCAAGCCAGUUUAAAAACACAGAAUGAUUCUCCCCGCCCAACCCAUCUCUAGCAGCCUCUUCAGGCAGGCAUCUUAGAAGGCAAAACGCCUGUGCAAAAAAGCCGUGUCCUCACGCCAAUCCCAUUCCCUGUGCCGGCUGUUUUAUAGUCUGUCCUUUGGCUGUUGUUGCUGUUUACAGCGCUUCACAUUUUAGGAUUUCAUUUCUAAUUCUCACCCAUUCAGGACAAGUCUACAGCAAGCGGUCUGCGCUGUGCUUUGGUACAGACUUUCUCCUUGGCCCAGCCUGCUUGCUUCACUUUCCGUAUCAUUUCUUUCUUUUGCUUAGAGGGGCUUAAUUGUGUGAAUUCGAUUCCCCUUUCUCCUAGCUGUGCCUGAUUUUUCAUUUCUUAGCUUGAGGAUUCCUCCUCAAUCUUUUUCUUGGAUUUCUACACUUUCAGAAAGUUUUAUCAGGCAGAAAACUGUGUAACCCACCUUACUAGCCUGCAUUGGUGUUGCCAAGUAAUUUUCUCUAAAAUAACCAAUUCUAUUGAGUGCCCUUGACCUAAAACAAUCUGCUCGCUUUGAUCAUACAGGCAAGUGUCUGCUCUCACGGCCUGUAGACACCACAAAUAUCCUUCGUCACAAUUUAGGGAAACGUUCAGUGGCAGUCGGUUCACCUCAUGACUCAAGAAUUUCCUUAUUGCAGAGCUGAUGCUCAGAUACAGAAAGUCUUUGAGGGUGCAGCCAAGGUGAGGCUGUUUGUAUGAAAGCCUAUAACAAUUGCUUUAAAUGAACAGACUACAGUGGGCCCAUUCAGAAGACACCUUAAACCAUUGCUUUAACCAUGGUGGUUAAGCCAGAAAGCCGGGUUGUG